UUUAUAGAUUAAUUUAGUUUAAUUUUCUACUCCAAUGCUAUGAUUUUUAAGACCAUUGCAAAACAAUUUAUUGAAGAAAUAUGAAUGCUUUUCACUCUCAAUCAACGUAACUUCUUUAGAAAGUGCAACCACACCAGUGACCUUUGAGAUCGUUCCCUUUGAGCCUUUUAAUGCUCCACAUGAAAAAAGCUGAUAACAGGUCCUGUGACUAACAACACGUCUCCACUCAAUCUCAGCUACAGUAUAAACACAUGAACUGACAUUACCCUUGUCAAUAUUUGUCUCUAACUCUUGUUACUAUGGUGAUUCAUAGCAAAUGAAAGUGAAAGUAUGCCUGGACAUCCUGAUGUUGUUUAGUUUGCUGCCUGGAAACUUUUGCUCUUCGUAAGUCUACACACACAGGCGUUAUUUCGCUGUGUCACCUAUUCGGCUUUUGUCUUAAUUUGAUUUAAAAUUUCACAUACCUGAAGAAUCAACUCCACUCCACUAAUUUCACAUAAAGGAAGGUUUUCAUCUUGGACUAAUAAACACAUAAAAGAUGGAUACUUUUGAAGACGCAAUAACUCAGGAGGACCUGGAAGAUCUUAAAGAAUCCAUAUCUACUCAGGAUCUUCCAUCAGCGAUAAACACCAUCAAAGAUUACCUCAAACAGCAAGAUCUUGUAGAGCUUAAUGUCGGCGUGACGGGAGAGUCUGGUUCUGGAAAGUCCACAUUUGUCAAUGCUUUCAGGGGUUUAGGUGAUGAAGAAGAGGGCUCUGCUUCUACAGGUGUAGUGGAGACCACCAUGAUACCUGAUGUUUACAUUCACCCAAAUUACAAAAAUGUGAAAGUGUGGGAUCUCCCUGGAAUCGGAACGCCAAACUUCAAAGCCAAUGAGUACCUUCAGCAGGUUCAGUUCGAACGUUAUGAUUUUUUCAUCAUUAUUGCUUCAGAUCGGUUUAAGGAAUGUCACACCCAGCUGGCCAAGGAGAUCAUGAGGAUGGGGAAGAAGUUUUACUUUGUGCGUUCUAAGAUUGACAUUAGCAUUACUGCUGAGAAGAGGAAGAAGAACUUUGACCUGAAAACGACGCUGGAUACCAUCCGAGAGGAUUGCGAAAACGGGCUCAAAAAGAUCGGUAUUGACUUCCCUGUUGUCUUCUUGAUGUCUGGAUGGGAACUGGGCAAGUAUGAUUUAAAUCCGCUGCAGGAGAGGUUGGAGAAGGAGCUUCCACAGCAUAAGAGACACGUGCUAAUGUUGGCUUUGCCAAAUAUCACACUAGAAAUCAAUGAGAGAAAAAAGAAAGCUUUAGAGGAAAACAUUUCCAGAGUAGCCUUCCUCUCUGCCUGUGUGGCUGCAAUUCCACUGCCCGGUCUUUCGAUUGCAGCAGAUGUAGCCAUCAUAGCAGAUGAGCUAAGAAAAUACUACAGUGCCUUUGGUCUGGAUGAUCCGUCUUUGCAGAAGCUCUGUGAAAGAUCUGGGAAAACGGUAGAGGAGCUGAAGGGUCUGAUGAAGUCACCUCUACAUCAUGGAAUAAACACAAGUUCAGUGAUAGAUUGGCUGAGUGAGUUUUUUAUGAGCCUCAUACCCAUUGUAGGCACUGUGAUGGCAGGGGGACUGUCUUAUUUGAUCGUCUCAAUUACGCUGAAGAGAGCUUUGAAUGAUAUAGCAGAAGUUGCCAGAAAGGUGCUGAUGGCUUCUCUCGAGUCUGAAGUGUAAACAAAUGUGUUAAUUAGACAGCUUAAAGAGCCUAAAAUUAGAUACACUAGAUCUCAGAAUUAAUGAAUAAAUAUAGCAUUAAUAAUGGUUUACAC